GGAGGGGGAGCGUUGUUGAAAUCAACAACAGCUGACAAGCAGCCAAUCAGAAGCCUCKAUGUCAACUGGCUCGUAUUUUGAAUCAAGAAACAAAAUGGCGAUCGACUCGAAAUUCACCGAGGAAGAAAUAAAAGCUAUUUCUAUAGCAAAUAAUGAUCAAAUAGAUUUGAAGAACUUUCCGUGGAUAAAUACUCUGAAAUCGACGAACAAUUACGACGAUGUUAUGAACAUUCUGGAAACUCGGAUGGCCGAGAUUCGAGAAUUGUAUGAGACAGCGAAUCAAGAUGAGCAAUCAGAAAUGGAACAAGAAUGGGUUGCACUUGUCAUUCAAAAAGACAGACAUCUCCGACUGAAGAUACAAGAAGAAAAUGAAGUGAUCAAAAACCAAUACAUGGUACWAUUAUAUAACACCCUCAAAGUGCUUGGAACAUUCAGYUUUCCCAACCAAAGGGAUAUCAUCCUUACAAGAAACAUGGMCAAAAUGCUCCACSAAGUAGAAAAAUACUGCACAAGGAACAACAUUGAAAAGACSAAUMAARWGCAAAAMMAUCCAGYCAAUCAYCAACCAGUAAAUAUACCAAUGCCACCUCCAAUACCACCACCACCACCUCCWCCACCACCUCCCCCACAGCAACUAUUUUGUAAACCAAAGCUUCAGCCACAGCCAAGAACUCCACAGAUACAAAGAAAACCUAAACUCAAUGAUUCAAAACCUUUGGAAGAGCAAAAGACUCCYYUAGAUUCAUUAAAUAAUGAGUUACUUARAAGUAUCAAGAGAGGACGGGCRUUGGAGCUAAAGAGAACACCAUGCAAAAGAUCCCCUGGGGGGACCCCCAUGAAAAGACCACGACGACUAUCAGAGAGUGAUACAUCAGAUUUAAUCACCCUUGCMUUAAAGCGGAAAUUUAAAAACGUGAACUCAAUGWUGAGUCCUAAAGAGAAUUAUUCUCCUAAUAUAAACUCGCCAUUGUCACCWAGUAUGGAGUAUCCAUAACUCACAACAAAUUUUAUUCACAAAUUUUCCUCAGACAAUCAUCAGGGCAAAAAMAUGUGAAAACCUGAGGUUCUACUGCAUAAAUAGCCUCCAUUAUUAGUAUAACAUAUAUAUUGAUGUAGGGGUCUGCUCUUGAUCCUAUGCCCCAGGUACUGUGCUACCAAAGAAGAGGACAGGAAGCCCAACAAAAAUGAAACUGGUUGUGAAAAUGUAACCCUUAAAUGCUACCUUUGAAAAUUUAAAAAUUUUACAAU